AGUUCCUGCAGAGUCCGGGCUUCGGAGUCGUCGGCUAGGACUUGAGCUGGUGAUUGUUGGUGAGGUCUCCGUCGCUACCUUCGGUGUUGUCUGCGCCGCUGCGUCCGUGGCGUGGACUUAGGCUCGGCCCGGCCGGGCCUGGCGCCCGGAGAGGCCGCGGGCUCCCCGGGCCCUGGCGGGGCCGAAGUUGAAGCCUGAAGGCCCAAGUUUCAGGCCUCCGGGGCACUGAACCAAUUGAAUGAACGAACAUCAUUGCAAGAGUCAGCCUAGUGAGAUGGUACAACCCAACGGGGGUCCAUCAGGAGAUUACGAGACCCUUGGUGAAGGGUCUUCCCUGGGGAAAUCAGCCAUGCUGCAUCUCCCUUCCAACCAAGUCUCUCCGGAGGCCCUCCAGCGCUUCUUGGAGGAGAACCAAGAGCUCAGAGAUGCCUUACGACAGAGCAACCACAUGCUCCGGCAGCGUUAUCAAGAGUUCCUGAACUUCCAAGCCAACCAGAAGGAGGAGAAGGAGUUUCUCAUGAGAAAAUUUCAGGAGGCUAGGAAACUGGUGGAGAAGCUAAACAUGGAGAAGCUGGAGCUGAAGAGACAGAAGGAGAAGGCGCUGCAGGAAAGCGAGCAGGGUCAGAUCCCAGGUGAGAUGGAAAGAGAGGCUUUGAGGACCCUGAAGGAGCAGCUAGAAGAGCGUUUGCGACACUUUCAAGAGGCCAGUGAAAGCCUCCAGAAGGAGAAACAAGUCCUUCUUCUGGAGAACCAGGAGCUGAGGAAGAAAGCAGCUCAAGGCCAAGCUGGGGAGACCCAGCUGAAGAUGAAGGACUGUGGGAUCCAACCACAAAGACUGCUGGAGACAGAAUCUCUGCAAGGGGCAAGUGGCAGUGGUAGGAGUGAGGAUUCAAACAACUUGCUGAAGAAGAAGAUGCAGGAUGUUGAGAAUGAGAACACGGUGCUGAAGCAGGAGCUGGCGUCCCUGCAGGGCAAGGUGGCCCAGUUGGCAGUGAGGGAAAAAGAUGUGGAGAGGAGGGCCGAGCAGCAGUUACAGGCCCUGAAGAGGCAGUUGGAGCAACUGACGGAAGACAAAGGAUCUGUGAAAGCCCAGGUGACCUCACUGCUCGGGGAGCUGCAGGAGAGCCAGAGCCGCCUGGAGGUUUCAAACAAGGACAAACAAGUCCUAGAGGACCGAGCCCGGGCAGCCACUGAGAAGGUCAAGCAGCUGGAGAGCGAGAAUGAGCAGCUGCACAAACAACACAGUGUGCAGGUGGACCAGCUGCGCAUGCAGACCCAGAAUGUGGAGGCUGCCUUACGGAUGGAGCGGCAGGCUGCAUCUGAGGAGAAGCGGAAGCUGGCUCAAUUACAAGUGGCCUACCACCAGCUCUUUCAGGAAUAUGACAACCAUAUCAAGAAUAGCCAAGCGAGCAGUGAGCGCAGUAGGGGAAUGGAUCUUCAGUUGGAAGACCUCAAUCAGCAGUUGCAACAGGCAGAAGAGGCCCUGGUAGCCAAACAGGAAUUGAUUGACAAACUCAAGGAGGAGGCUGAACAACACAAGACAGUGAUGGAGACGAUCCCGGUCCUGAAGGCACAGGCUGAUAUCUACAAGGCUGACUUCCAGGCAGAGCGGCAAGCCCGGGAGAAACUGGCAGAGCGGAAGGAGCUUCUGCAAGAUCAGCUGGAGCAGCUCCAGAGGGAGUAUAACAAACUGAGAGUUGACUCGAAAGAAACCACCCGGGCUAUGAACACAACUUUCUGCUUUCAAAGUAUUGAAGAUAUGAGAAAACGGCAUGUAGAGAACCCUCAGCCAGCUUUGCCCCAGCCAGUUCAUCUUGUCAAUCAUCACCUCUCCUUUCAUCCCAUACUACCUGGCCAGAGGAGAAGUCUUCCGGAUGAACAGCCAGAUUUUUGUUGUCCGAAAUGUCAGUAUCAGGCCCCAGAUAUUGACACUCUGCAGAUACAUGUCAUGGAAUGUAUUGAGUGAUGCCUUUCCCACACAGCGAUGUGGCCCAGCAUAACCAAACCCACCCUGCCAUACCCCAUGCUUGUUUUUACUUGCCCAGCCCUUGAUGAUAAAUCAUUAGCAAUUUCCAUUUGAUUGUAAGUUUAGAAGAGAUGGUGAAAUGGCCCUCUUUCAUUUAGUGUGCUCUUUGCCUGACCUGGCUUGCCUGCCUUGCUGUACCUUAUAUGUUAAGUCCUUUCUGGAGCAGGAGCAUCAUAGAAUUGAAGAUCUAAAACUGGAAGCCAUCCAGUCUGUCCCUCCCCGCAUUUUACAGAGGAGAAACUGAGGCCCAUGGAGGUUGUUACACAAAUAAUCGCCAUCAGAGAUAGCAUUUAAAUCCAGGUCCAUUGACUCCAGCCUGCACUGCCUCCCAGUUUUGCCACCUUUCUGUUGGAACAGAGAGGCAGCUGGAGCAGGGCAGGGGAUGCUACUGCCUGCCCCUCCUAGGCUAUUCUUGCUGUAGGCAGGGAGGGACCCUUGUCCCUGGCUCUUGGGGAGAGAAGUCCAAGCAUUAAGUGCCACUGGGGCCAGUCUAUACUAGUUGCCAUUUCUGUGGUGCUUUUAAGGUCUGAACCAGGCUUUACAUGCUCUCUCAUAUUUGAGCCCUUCAGUACUCUUGAGGCUUAGGUAUUAUUUUUUCCCAUUUUACACCUAGGGAAACUGAAGUUCAGAAAUGAAGAGACUUAAGGGACCCAGGUUCUCCUGACUUUAGGUCCAGCAUUCUAGCACAUACCCCCCCUCCUUGGUAGAGAUCAGUUGGUUAUGCUUUAGUCCAUGCUUGGGAAACAUGCAGUCCAUACCAAAGAUUCAGAUGUGGUAUGAUUCACUGUCAUAGUGAACUGAGAUUCUAGCACUUUUGUGUUCACUGGGUUGGUUUUCUUGCUAUAUUCAGACUUUUGUAACAUGCCGCUUGUCCUGAUUGUGAUGCUUAAAACUUGUACUGAGUGUACUAGUAACUAAUGUAUAGUUACUGAAUAUAAAGACUUGCCAUUCUUUCCCCCAACUUAGAAUUUAGAGAUUGGGUUCAGCUACACAGUGCUCACUCUACCUGUGCUAGACUUGAUUUAUCUUUUUCCCUGCCAAAUCCCAUUGGCCAAGUUUGUCAAAGCAGUCUUCUUCAUUGCGCGCUUUAGUACAAAUGCAACACCAAUUCUAAGCAUAAUACUGAAAUACUAUUGGAUUGGGGAAAACUAAACUAGCCUUUCAUAAAUUCAGGAGGCCUCUUUUACUACUUUUGGCUUUAAAAGGGCUAGGUCCUUCACCCCCUCCCCCCCUUGUCAAAUUAAGUAUAGUGAGAGCUUGGGUUUUUUUUUUUUAAUCUCACAUAAUCUCCAGUAACUAUAACUGAGAGACAAUAUGGGACAGUGGAUAGAUAUGGGACAGUCUGGAGUCAGCUGGGUUCUUGUUCUGCCUCUAGCACGCAAUUCACAAUCUUCUCAGCAGCUCUGGAAACUCUAGGACUCAACCACAGAUGGGUUGACAUCUCUGUUGGUGAAGUUUCCACACUGGGUAUUCUUAUGCUGGUUCUAACCUGGCUCAACUCCUGAUUGCAGACCACUUUUCUACCUCCACCCCAGUGGCCUCAUAUUAGAGAAGCCUUUGCUGCUUUGUAGGUUCCCCCCACUCCCUCCCCAUCCCUGGCCACUGUGACUUAGUGGCAAUAUUCUCAACACAGGGAAAGAGGAGGAACUGCAUUGAAAAACUUCUGUUAUUUGUGAAAAUCCAUUAAAUAACAAUGGUGGGUAACAUCUAUAA